AUGAGGAAUGUAUUGAGAGUUCUAAAUUCAACGGAGUUUCAAGUAAUCACUGAGCUUCCGUUAAUAGAUGAUCCGUAUUUCAAAAGUCUUUCUGAAAAUGUUGAAAAGUGUGUGGAUAAUAGCAUGGAGGAGGUUCAGAAAAAGGUGAAACAACUUGAAAGACUUCAUGAACAAGAAAUGGAAAAGAUUAAGGUAUACCACAAACAUGAAGAGGAAAAGAUGAAAGAACAAUUUAAACAAGAAAUGAAAAAAAAGGAAGACAAAAUUAAGAAAGAGUUUCUUCAAGGAAAGUUGGACAUUCUGUGUGGAUGCCUGUUUUUAACAGGAAAGGAGAAGAUUGUUUCAUUUGAGCAUGCUGAUGUAAUUGCGUGUUUGUUAACCGGAACUGUUGAGAAAGUAAGGGACUUGGUGAGUACUGAAGAUGACGCUUUUCUGUUAGCCCUUGCCUUCAGCCUUCCCGUCAAAAACCAGCAACAGACAGUUACAUUUAAAACAGCAGUUCUUGAAUCCCUCCAAUCGAAACUGGAGCUCCUGCGCAAUUUUUUACACCCAAGCAAUUCACUUCAACCACCUUCCAAGUAA